AUGCUGAGUCUGCUGGUGCUGGCGCUGCCCCUCCUGGGGAGCCUGGUCCUCGCGGCGCCUGGCCAGGCCCCCGCUCGAGGGGGCAUCGUGGGCGGGCAGGAGGCGCCCGUGAGCAAGUGGCCGUGGCAGGUGAGCCUGCGCAUGAAGUCUGACUUCUGGGCACACUUCUGCGGGGGCUCCCUCAUCCACCCCCAGUGGGUGCUGACCGCCGCACACUGCUUCGGACCGAGCGUCGCGGACCCCGCAGACUACAGGGUGCAGCUGCGGGAGCAGAACCUCUACUACCGAGACCGGCUGCUGGCCAUCAGCAGGAUCAUGCUGCACCCCAACUACUACGCCACGCAGAGCGGGGCGGACAUCGGCCUGCUGAAGCUGCAGCAGCCCGUGAACCUGUCCAGCCACGUCCAGGCGAUCAAACUGCCGCCUGCCUCGGAGACCUUCCCGCCAGGGACGCCGUGCUGGGUGACAGGCUGGGGCGACGUCAGCGACGGGGUGCACCUCCCGCCGCCAUACCCCCUGAAGCAGGUGAAGGUGCCCAUCGUGGACAACGGCGAGUGUGACGCCCAGUACCACCUGGGCACCUCCACGGGCGACGGCGUGCAGAUCGUCAAGGCCAGCAUGCUCUGUGCCGGGGCCCUCCGGAAGGACUCCUGCCAGGGCGACUCCGGGGGGCCGCUGGCCUGCAGGGUGAACCGCACGUGGCUGCAGGCGGGCGUGGUGAGCUGGGGCGAAGGCUGCGCCCACCCCAACAGACCCGGCAUCUACACCCGCGUCACCCACUUCCUGGACUGGAUCUACCAGUACGUCCCCCAGGAGCCCUGAGCCCAGGGUGCAGCCCAGCACUCCCGGGAGGAGGGACAGCUGGGGCCCCCCCGCCCCACCCAUGUGCCCCUCAUUAAAUGGAAAUGAGCAGUGUGUGUGCAGCUGGCUGUCUGGGGGCGUGUCACUGUCACCAGGGGCUGGGGGCGGCUACCCAGCACGGGGGGAAGGGGUGUGAGGGCGGAGCAAGGCUCUGCCUCCAGCGCCUGGGCUGGCCUGUUCUCGCCCCGCUGAGGUGUUCCCUGGGCUACUGGCACAGUGCUCCUCAGGGAGUGCCAGUGCCACCCCAGAGUGGGGCAGGCAGCGCCCCUGCACCCUGCACAUGGGGACAAGCUCCAGGGACCAGGUCCUGGGUUUGCUCUCACCCGCCCUGGCCGUGAGCACGGGCCUGCCCAGCCCGGGUGGGGUCCCUCCGGGAAGAGUUCAGGUCUGGCUGCAGCUGGACAUCCCAGGACUCAGCCAGGCUUCCCGGGUCAGGCCACUGGGCCAGAUGGUGGCCCAGAUGGCAGCGGGGCGUGUCGCUGACCUGCGGUGCCCAUGGGCCAGGCAGGAGGGUCAGCCGAGAGGCUCGCCCUAGGUGGUCCUCCCUCCCUACUGCCGCCGCUCCCGGGC